AAAAAUAAAGAAAAGGAGAAGUCUACUCCCAAAACCUCUCUCGCUCCAAACCGAUUCUCCGUAUCCCGAUCGCUACGAAUUAUUUCACCUCUUUCAAUCGUGGCGGCAUCUUUUCUGAUCGGUUUCAAUAUCAAAAGUACUGUUUUGUAAAUUUUGGAGGUUUUUUGGCUUUCAAUUUUGAGUGAUUUGUCUUUUAGGGUGGGAAAAAAUAGGUCGAAGAUGGGGAAACAACGACCAACGACUAGGAGUAAAAAUAAGAGGAGUAGAGUAGACGACAAUGCGGCCACCACCUCCGAAAUCUUCAGGAAGAUACUUGCAAAUGUGGAAGUCACAGAAGAUGACAUUAACCAGCUAUACAUGAUAUGGAAGCCAGUGUGUCAUGGAUGCCGAGUUAACUCCAAGGACAACCCUAAUUGCUUCUGUGGCCUGAUCCCACCGCCUAAUGGAAGUCGAAAAUCUGGAUUGUGGCAGAAAACAUCAGAAAUUAUCUAUUCCCUUGGCCCCAACCCAUCCAUUGACCUUCGUGCAUCCCCUGGAACGCCAGCAGGACUCACAAAUCUUGGUGCUACGUGCUAUGCCAACAGCAUCCUGCAAUGCCUGUACAUGAAUAAAUCAUUUAGACAAGGUGUUUUAUCUCUUGAUCCUGAAGUUUUAGAAGGGGAGCCUGUCCUCAAUAACCUUGCAAGGCUUUUUGCCCAGCUACAUUCAAGUAAGAUGGCCUUCGUGGAUUCAGCACCAUUUAUCGAACACUGGAACUAG